UCGUCGGUUUGGUUAGAAUAAAAUCGAUGUUAGUAGUUGGCAAGCAGUUCCGUUAGAAUCAUGGCAGAAGUACGCCUAUAUGAUUCAACGAUUUGUCGAUUAUGUGCUGAAGAUAAUGGAAAUGGAGAAUUACUUUACAUGGGAGACGGCGAUGAUCCAGAUUUGAGUUCCAUGGUCAAUCGGUACUUGCCACUCAAGAUUCGAGACGAUGGCAAGUUACCACGUACUAUAUGCCCUGGUUGCAACAUACAACUGGAAGCAACAAUACAGUUCUUCGAGUUAUUGGUGGAUGGUCAAAGAAAAAUUCGUGAGAUGUGGAAGCAUCAAGUAGAACAGCAACGUAAAGCUGAACGAGAAAGACUUCGUGCAGAGAAAGAAACAGAUGUCAUGGCAGAAACAUCAGAAUUAGAUUAUGUUUCACGAUCAAACGAUGAAGAUCAGUUUGAACAACAAAUUAUAAUAAAAAUAAUGCCAGAUGGUUCUAUGUAUGCAGCAGAACAUGAAAUGAGUUUGCAAAUGGAGGGAUUAAAUAAACCAAAACGAAAAAGAGGACGCCCACCAAAAUCACAUACAGAAAAUAUGUCCGUGGAAUUAUCAAAAGGAGAAGUAAUAGAAGGAAUUAGUCAAGAAGAAGAAGAUAAACAGGAAGAAGAAAUGGAUGAAAUUGAUGGAGAUGGUAGACGUCGCAGGAAACGUAAGGUCCCCAAAAGAUAUAUGGAGGCAGUUCAAGGCAAAGAAUUAGAAAGAAUAUACAAAGAAGAAGGAGUAAUUGAUGAAGAAGAUGAUGAUGAACCUGAUACUUUUGAAGAUUCUGAAGAGCAGUUGAAUAUCUCUGUCCCUGAUAGUCAAGAGGAAAUAAUUGGGCAUUUAGAAUCUGAAGAAGGAAAGGAUCUAGGAGAAUUGGUGAUAGUAAAUCGAGGUAGAGGCAGGGGUCGACCGAAAUUACGUCGUAGAAAAAAUAAAUUUACAUGUCAGUUAUGUGGUCGGGGAUUUUUACAACGCAGCAGAUAUAUCGUACACAAGAGUUUUCAUAAAGGAAUAAGAUAUGAGUGCUCAGAAUGUAAAAAAUUAUUUACAAAUAAGGAAAAUUUAGAAUUGCAUCAAAAAACGACACAUCAUACUGGAAACGGUGUAUAUCAAAAUUUAGAACAUAUUCAAGAAUCAGAUGUCGAAUCGAAACGUCAAGUUCCUGAAGAAGAUCAAGUUUCUAAUGUAUUGGAACCUACUUUGUCGGAAGAACAGGAUAUGAGCAAAUUUUCAAACAAUUCUGAUUCUCAGAAAAGUUUUUCGUGCGAACAAUGUGAUAAAUUAUUUGAAACAAAGCAGGCUUAUGAUUUACAUUUGAAAAUGGCUCACGAACGUGAUAAACUAUUUGUUUGUACCAUUUGUAGUAAGAGUUUCUCUCAACAAACAGCUUUAAAAGCUCAUAUGUCUAUACACGAGAAGCAGAAAUUAGAAAAAGAAUAUCCUUGUGACAUUUGUGGAAAAAUACUUAAUCAUCCAAGUUCCGUGGUAUAUCAUAAGGAAGCAGAGCACAAUAAUGGACGACGAUUUGUUUGUAACAAGUGUGGAAAGAGUUUUAAGCACAAACAGUUAUUACAACGUCAUCAGCUUGUACACUCAGACGAUCGACCAUACAUCUGUAAAUCUUGCAAUGCGAGUUUCAAAACAAAAGCAAAUUUAAUUAAUCAUCAAUCGACACAUACUGGCGAAAAGAAAUACUUCUGUGAAAUUUGUGGACAACAGUUUGCACAUAAAACUAGUCUUACACUUCAUUACAGGUGGCAUACGGGUCAUAAACCAUACACGUGUGAGGUAUGUCAUAAGAGUUUUUCACAAAAUGGAAAUUUGCAAGAACACAUGCGGAUACAUACAGGAGAGAAACCUUAUUGUUGCGAUUAUUGUGGAAGAAAAUUUACUACCUCUUCACAAUUCAAACUUCACGUUAAGCGACAUACUGGCGAACGUCCUUGGAAAUGUGAAUUCUGCGCAAAAUGUUUCUUGCAUAAAGAUACAUGGAAAUGCCACGUGCGUAGACAUAAAGGAGAACGUCCCUUUCAAUGUGCUCAUUGUAAUCGUGGUUUUACAGAACAAUGGGCUUUAAAGAAACAUCUUCGUUUGCAUACAGGUGAAAAACCCUACUCCUGUGAUGUUUGUGGAAAAACAUUUGCAGAUUGUUCGAAUUUAACAAAACAUAAAAAAGUACACAGAGAAACAAAAGUUUCUGCAAUAGGUGAAAUAGAAGGAUCUCCCAUUGGUGAAGUUUGGCAGAUUUUACCAAGUUCUCAGGAAUCUGAUGAACAUUCUUUAACUGAUCAAAUGGCUCAAGUCAUUACAACAGAUGAUACAUCUGGAGAUGGUAUUCAACAAAUUAUUUAUGUAUCGUAUCAAGAUCCAGAUGAUCCUAAUCAAUCCCGGACGUUACAUUUUGUUGAUGCUGGAAUAAUGAGAAACAAGGAAGAGAAAACAAAUACAAAUGAAGCAUUGUCACAUUUAAAUGUUGAAAAUAAUGAAAUACUUUCUGAAUCGGCUCAUACUAAUGGGAAUAAUAAUUCAACUGACCGAAUAAACGUUGAAUUGUCAGAAUCAGACCUUCAGCUUCAGAUUACAGAUGAAGAAGGUAAUCCAAUUCCUCUUUCGAUUCAAGAUGCUCGACAGCUUUUAUCUCAAAGUCAGUUUGUUAAUCAACUUAACGAUGGGCAAGAAAUUCGAAUUCAUCCCGGAACAAUUCCUGAUGACUUAGCAACACCAUUAGGAAUGCAUGUUAAUCAGAAUUCCGAUGCGAAAGAUGUUGACAUCUCUAAUGCAAUUGAACCAAAAGUGAAAAAUAUUUCAACUAUACAAACAGAUGCAGAAGCAAUUGUAAAGACAUUGGAGGAUGAAGAUACGGAUGUAAAUGCAGUCGCAACUAUCAAUCAAAUGGAAGAAUCUGAACAACCGGGGAUCACCGACAAUGAACAAGCAAUUGAAUUUACAACACAGGAUGGUCAGAAAGUUCGUUUAGUUGCUUCUUAUCACGUUGAUCCAAUGCACCUUGCUUCCGAGUACCUGACUAUUGUAUAAAAUUCUGAAAUUAUAAAUUUAUAUAAAUAUUUUUUUUUAAUUUUAUGUACUAGUUUACUAAA